AUGAGAGCAAAUUGUUCCAGCAGCUCAGCCUGCCUUGCCAACCGUUCGGAGGAGGAGGUGCCGGUGGGUCUGGAGGCACAUGGGAACCUGGAACUUGUUUUCACAGUGGUGUCUGCCGUGAUGCUGGGCCUGCUCAUGUUCUCCUUGGGCUGCUCGGUGGAGAUCCGGAAGCUAUGGCUGCACAUCAGGAGACCCUGGGGCAUCGCCGUGGGACUGCUCUGCCAGUUUGGACUCAUGCCUCUUCUAGCCUAUCUCCUGGUCAAGAGCUUCUCUCUGAAGCCAGUCCAAGCAAUUGCUCUCCUCAUCAUGGGGUGCUGCCCAGGGGGAACCGUCUCCAACAUUUUCACCUUCUGGGUGGAUGGAGAUAUGGACCUCAGCAUCAGUAUGACCACCUGCUCCACGGUGGCCGCCCUGGGAAUGAUGCCGCUCUGCCUCUACCUCUACACCUUGCCCCGGAGUCUUGAGCAGAGGCUCACCAUCCCGUACCAGAACAUGGGAAUCACCCUCAUGUGCCUGGCCAUUCCGGUGGCCUUCGGCAUCUGUGUGAAUUACAAGUGGCCCAAACAGUCCAAAAUUAUUCUCAAGGCUGGGGCCAUCGUUGGCGGGGUCCUCCUCUUGCUGGUCGCGGUUGCUGGUGCGGUGCUGGCCAAAGGAUCUUGGAGUUCAGACGGCGUUCUUCUGACCAUCGGCUUCAUCUUCCCUUUGCUCGGCCACGUCACGGGCUUUCUGCUGGCUCUUCUUGCCCACCAGUCUUGGCAGAGGUGCAGGACGAUUUCCUUAGAAACUGGGGCUCAGAAUAUUCAGAUGUGCAUCACCAUGCUUCAGUUAUCUUUCACUGCCGAGCAGUUGGUCCAGGUGCUUAGCUUCCCUUUGGCCUAUGGACUCUUCCAGCUGCUGGAUGGAUUUCUCAUUGUUGCCGCGUAUAAAAUGUACAAGAGGAGACUGAAGAACAAACACAGCAGCAGGAGCCCAGGUUGUGCAGACACCUGCCACCAGAAGCGGUCCACUUGCCCUGCCGAGACUGGUGCUUUCUUAGAGGUGAAUGAAGAGGCUGCUCUGACUCCUGGGCCAGCAGUCCCAUGGAUCUCCACUAGGCUCUAGAACCAACUGGCCACAUCACACGUGCCAAGUGGGGACCUGCUGGCUUGAGGGGCCCCUGUCUUCCUCAGCGGCCAGUAAAGACAGCGCAGAGCCGAUGGGCAAAGCUCGCUGGCAGGGCUCACGGGAAUGUUUGCGUGUCAAACGUUAACAUAUUUAUGUUUCGUGUGGGUGUGAGUUGGUACAGGAUCCUGUUCUGAGGAUGUGUGCUGCCUCUUUCAGGUUCCUUUCGGGGUUCACGGGUGUAUUGUCUGGCUGCUCUGUGUGCUUGUUUCCUCCCACAGUGAGGAGCCAUCCCCGCUGGUGUGCGAGGUUAUCCUCAGAUUGUGACUUUUCAUCUCACCUGACUUGCCACUCUGUACAGAUGUCACCUCAUCCUGCAGGGCAGGGACAGAGUCGGGACCACUUGACUUCUGGACUUGGGGCAAGUCCUUUGGGGCAUCGGGGAGGAAGCAUACAGCUCAUAAAAAACAGGGUCUUUUCUCAGAUGAUGGUUAACUUUUUAACGGCUUGAAAAAAUGUUUGGAUUGUAGAUGUAACGUAAGCCUAGAGGGAAUUUAAAGAACACUUGAGCUUCCUGGCCCUGGAGACAGGCGUGUGUCUGUUCUUCUGUUAUGUCACUUUAAAAACACUGAGCUGGUUCCACAUGUACUGUUUCGUAAAUCACUUAGUGACCUACGACGGAGCAUCUUUACAAGUCAGUCCGUGUUGACCUACCUCAUUCCGUGCAACAGCGGCUUCAUGGAAGGAUUCCGGUGCGUGGAAGGACGGCGGUUUAAACCUGUCCCUUCUUCAGGGACCCCGAGCUCGCUUUCGACUUGUUGGAAUCACAGCGCUGCCACCAACCCCGGUGUCUUCAUGCAGGUCUUUUUGUCGGAUCACUUUCUGGACUUGAACCGCCAGGCUGACCGCACAUUAGAAUGUUGGGGACAGAGCCCUCUGGCAGCGAUGCCUCGCGGUGCCUGCCCGCGUCUGGUUUCCCAGUCCCACCCGUCUUAAGAAGGAGCAUUCUGCUUUGUGAAGGUAGCUCAUUUAAAACUGCAUUGUUAAAAUUAUGAGUAUUUUUUCAUGACCGCUUGCUUUUUUAUGUCUUUUGCCAGCUUCU